AUGUUAGCGGCUAUUGAAAAAGCCCGGCAAGAAAGCAAAAAUAAACAAGGGAAUAAAAAGGAAAGUUUUGUUCCACCAGUUCCCAAAAUACCAAAACCCCACUCAAAACAAAAUCCUUCAGAUAAAAAAACACCUUCCAUACCUUCUCUAGAUGAAUUGGCGAAAGAAGAAAAAGUAUCAUUAGAGUCAGAAAUUGAGAAAAUUAAAGAAGACAUUAAGUUUGAUGAUCCUAUAAAAAAAAAAAGAUUUGACAAGAAAAGUUGUUUACAAUUGGCCUAUGAUCCUGAUUGGUGGAGUGGUAGUGAUAAGUUUGGUAAUAACUCUAAUAUUUUCAAUAUCAAAGAGUAA